AUGUGGGGCCCCAGAAGGCUGGGGGCCCCCCCCCUGGGCCCCUCUUUUGCUGCUGCGCUGCGGCUGUGGGGCCCCCCCCAGCCCUGGGGGCCCCCCCGCUCCCCAGUCCGAGGGCCAGGGGGCCCCCUGGGGGGCCCCCCAUUGUCCCGAAGCCCCGCUGCUGCUGGCUGCGGGGCCUGGGGGGGCCCCCCUAGCCUGGGGGCCCCUGGGGGCCCCCCUGCAGCGCCGGGCAUUGCCCCGCUUGCUGCCGCGGGGGGCCCCCCUGGAGCUGCUGGUGCUGGCGGCUUUGGGGGGCCCCUGGCGGGGGGCCCCUGGCGGGGGGCCCCGGGGGCCCCGGGGGCCCCGGGGGCCCCGGGGGGCCCCCGAAGAGGGUACUUCAGCCUGCCGGGGCCCCUGAAGUUGAAGGACAUUGUGAAGUUGCCGCUGCUGGAAAAGAACUCCAAAGAAAGAAUUGCAGAAAUUUGGCUAAGUCAUUUUCUUUCUUUCCCCGAUCGCCACGGGGCUGUCCUCUCCAAGGCCCAAUACGACAUUUUGGAACCCAACUCGGGUGAGGUGUCUGUACACCUGAAAGCGCUGCAGCAGCAGCAAGCAGCAAAUGAGCAGCAGCAAGAUUUGCUGCUGCGCCGCUGGGGUGGCCCGGAGAAGGCCUCGCCGCUGCUGGUGCUGACCUUUUUCGCGGAGCUGGCGGAGAGCCACGGGCUGGUGCUGGCCCGCGGCGAGCUGCUGCAGCCUGCUGCUGCUGCUGUGGGGCCCUGUGGGGCGCAGCACUUAACAAAGGUGGUUAUUGAAAGCUACAGCAACCCCACCCGUUUUCGCUGGCCCCAGGCCUUCAACUUCGCCCCCGAGACCUUUUCCUUCGCCGAUUUCCAGCAGCAAAACCCCGACUUCUUCGCCUUCCCCCUGCCCCCCAGGCCGCAGCAGCAGCAGCAGCAGCAGCAGCAGCAGCAGCAGCAGCAGAAGCGGGGGGCCCCGGGGGGCCCCUCGGUGCUCACUGAGCUCUGGCUGCCCUACACCUGA